CUGAAUAUACUGCGCGUUCCACCGCACAUUUGUACAUUUUAUUAAUUUAUUUAUUUUUUACGCGGCGCGGCAAUUAACGCGAUGCAGUUGCAGCAAGAAUGUGGUAAUGAGUCUCUUUACCGUUGAGGUGCGCGCGUUUGCCAACCGGAGACUGCGCUAAUUACACGAAAUCCGUCCGAGAACAGACAGCAAUCGCGUAGUGCCAGGAAUAGCUUCCCUGCCCCCGGGCAAACAUUUUAGAUCCGGAAUAGCCAUGGAUGUGGUGUGUGUAAUCGACACCGUGGUGGGCGAUCAUCUGGAGGAUCGCAUCUGUGCGCUGGAGGAGAUCAAGCAGGCGGUACAGGCCGCGGGCGCCAAUUUUCAGCGGGUGCAGUUCGAGCGCCUGGAUUUUGGUGAGACGAAUGUGCUGGAGACCUUCUACAAUGCCGAUGUUGCGGUGAUCGAUCUAAGCAUCCUGGCCCAGCAGAGACCACUCUCGUAUCAUUACGGCGUUAGGGAGAGCUUCGGAAUGAAAGAAAAUAUUCUCAUAUACAACGAUUUGGAGUCCAAGCAAACGCUGAGUCUCAGGCUCUCUUGUGCCAACUACUUGUUUCUCAGCUACAAACUCAAUGCCGAGAGCAAUUCCUGCCAUUUGACCAACCAGGCCAACAACAACAAAGAGCCGGCCGCCGAGGGACGGGUGCCCACUCUGCAGUGGCGCCUAAAACGUAAGCUGCAAGAUGUGGAAAUCCAAUCCAAGGCCCACAUGCGGGAAAAGUUCCUUAGCGACCUGCGAACGGCCCGGGACACAUAUGCCACCAAUGGGGUGAAGCUUCAGAGUAUUCUGCAUGACAUGCGACGGCGACUGGACGAUCCGCAUGUCCUUUCUGGCGAAGUUGUGCACAGUUUUAUGUGCUCAUUGAGAGACGUCCAGGACUACGACGCCAUGGUGCGACUGGUGAACGAUCUAAAGAACAUACCGAACACCCGCAAGUACGUGGAGACGGGACACAUUAGUUUCCUGUACGCCUUUGCUCUGAAUCGGCGGAAUCGAAAGGGAGACAGAGAAAAGGCCCUGGAAUCCUCGUUGCAGGCUUUGGAAAAGAAGGAGAACCACUUCCCGGAUAUGCUCUGUCUUUGUGGGCGCAUCUACAAGGACAUAUUUGUAGAGUCCGACUACACGGACGCCACUAGUCUAGCUCAUGCCAUUAAAUGGUACCGUCAAAGUUUCGAAGUGCAACCAAACGAAUAUGCCGGCAUCAACUUGGCCACCCUGCUCGUCAUUGAGGGAAAGGAGUUUAGCAACACGGAGGAGUUGCAACACAUCGGCAUGACCCUGAACAAUCUAAUUGGAAAGAAAGGCAGUCUGUCUACACUAAGCGAGUACUGGGACGUAGCCACAUUCUUUGAGAUUCACGUUCUGUACGAUGAUUAUGCAAAGGCUAUUCAGGCAGCCGAGUGCAUGUUCAAGUUGAAGCCUCCCAAUUGGUACCUCAAGUCCACCAUUGGCAAUAUUUCGCUUAUUCAUCGGUUUCGUAAGAGACCAGAAGAUCGGUUGCCCACAAUCGAGGAGCAAGUUUUUCAAUUCUGGAUGGACUUCUUUCUUGAGGCUACUAAUACGGAGGAGGUCAAGAACAGCAUACGCUUCCCCAUCCUGAUCCUUGAGCCGCAGAAGAUUUAUAUGCCCAGCUAUGUAACCAUCAACAUGGAUGCCGAUGAAAAGUCCAUACAGAUCGUCAACAUUUGCCUAGCUCACUCGAAAAAUGCUUGUAAAAAGCUGCAUGACUUUUUAUUCGUUGCCUCCAAGAUAAAGUCAGUUAGUUUGUACAAGCGCGAUGAUCGGUGUGCCUAUCUGUAUGUGCACCACAACUCCGACGACUUUCAGAUAUACUUCCCCUCGACAGAAUGUCGGCAGAAGUUCUAUGACUUGAUACGGGAGAUGACUGCCGACCAGGUGGUGUUCGUUAAUCUUGACACCGAUGAGGCGCCAAUCGAGUACGAGUACGACUACGAUGAACAGAAUCGAAAGAAGGUUCUGGGUAAGGGCACAUAUGGUACUGUAUAUGCGGCACGAGAUACCCAGACACAGGUACGAAUCGCCAUCAAGGAGGUGCCGGAGAAAAACUCCCAGGAUGUCCAACCCCUACACGAGGAAAUCAAGCUCCACUCUCAGCUGCGACAUCGCAACAUUGUCCAGUACUUGGGAUCACGCUCGGAAGAUGGCUUCUUUAAGAUCUUCAUGGAGCAGGUGCCGGGAGGCUCGCUGUCCGAUCUGCUGGAGACCAAGUGGGGUCCGCUCAAGGACAACGAGUCCACCAUGGCCUUCUACUCCAAGCAGAUCCUUGAGGGGCUUAAGUAUCUGCAUGAACAGGAUAUCGUGCAUCGAGACAUCAAGGGCGACAAUGUCCUGGUGAACACGUACAGUGGCGUGGUCAAGAUAUCCGACUUUGGCACAUCCAAGCGGCUGGCCCGCAUCAAUCCCAUGACUGAGACCUUUACGGGCACACUUCAAUACAUGGCACCAGAGGUCAUUGACCAGGGCGUUCGAGGUUAUGGUCCAGCGGCAGACAUCUGGUCGUUUGGCUGCACAAACGUGGAGAUGGCAACUGGCAAGCCACCGUUUAUAGAGCUCGGAUGCGCUCAGGCGGCCAUGUUCAAGGUGGGCUACUACAAGAAGCAUCCCAAUAUACCGGAGGAGUUGUCCGCCAAUGCCAAGAACUUUAUUUUACGAUGCUUUGCCAUCAGCGUUCUGGAUCGACCAUCAGCGUUGCAACUGCUUGAUGAUCCCUUCCUGGCAGACAAGCCUCGUAAGCUGCGCCCUGCUUUGCCUAUUAACACGGAUUUUGGUCGGAGUAUUUCAGUCCCGGCAGAUCGUUUGGUUCACAAAACGACACCACCCCUGUCGUAUAACACCACCUGCAACACGCCCACUACCCCGGAACUGGACGUUACUCACACAUCGUCGGUUGACAUUGACGAGCUGCCUAGUUUGCUAGAGAGAAGGAAUUCGUCCGGUUUUCUGCUUUCUCCCGACAUUGGAGAGCCCACCACACCGUCAUUGCGAACGAGUAUUAGUGAGACGAGCGAAACGGAUGGCUUUUACAGGCUAAAGAAGGAUUCACAGCGAAGAACAACGCUGUCCAAAGUGCUGGCACUGGACGAGUCUAAGAUUUGCGACAUCUGGUUGAAGAAGGUCGAUGCUGAUCAGCACUCAAUUGCGAUCCGCAAGAGCGAUCUGGAGGUUUUGAUACGAGGCCUGCGGGAUUACAUUAUGAACGAGAAUGAGAAGCAUUUGGAGGCUACAAUUAACGAGCUGAAGCAGAAGUUAAAUAACGAUGCUAUUGCCUUGGAUCAUCUGCAUCUGGCAUUGUACUCCUUCCAAGACGCAGUCGUCUGUGUUCUUCGGCUGCAUUGCAUAAAGCCCCAUUGGAUGUUCGCGUUGGAUAAUCUGGUGAAGCGUGCGGUUCAGGCGGCAGUCAUGAUUUUCUCUCCAGAACUGGGCGCCAAUCUGGCGGAUAAGGAUCUGUCUGGCAACGACGAUGAGAGUAUAACCACUUGCCUGGUGCAGCAAGGUUCUACUGACAGCCAGGAAAAGCAGCAGCUCGAAAAAGCCUUGCCCUCGAGUAGUGCAGGCGGCGGAGGACUAGUUCAAGCCGAAGCGGCAGGAGAUGCCCUUAGCAGUUCAGUGGAAUGUGCACGUAUUUUGCGAGACAUUCGCGAUAACCAGCAUAAGUUGCAACGUCAGCUGAUCGAACAGCAGCGGCAGAGCAUGAGAGCACUGCACAACAUUAGUCAGGAGCUUGCCCAUAUCUAUAUGGGUGGAAGAAAGAGGUUACGACGCACCAUCAACGGCUUUAACAAAAAGUGCCAUAGAAUGAGCCCUGGUGUGGGGGCGGGACCCCGUGCAGCUUCUGCCAGUAAUCCACGGAGGCAGCUGAACAAGCAACACUUUGGUCUGCACGAGGUAGACGAGCAGUUGGAGCAGUGGUUGACCCAGCAGGAGAUUGACGAGUUCUCGAAAACGCUCAUCCUGAAUGAAGGUUUCACCUUUGAGGACUUUAUCUACAACAUGGAAAAGUUGGACCUCAUGCGGCUGGGUCUGCGUGUUGGCAUUGAGGUGCGUCUGUGGAAACUAAUUAUACAGGAACGGGCUUGUACCUCCCCCGACUGUUUGGACAGUCCGCCCAGCACGUACCACAAGCCAAUUGGCGGCAAUGGCUCUCUGACAUUAAUGACUAACAAUAAUACGCUACCAUCACCAACAACCACAACUCCCAACACGCCGGGAAUCAAGGCGAGGAUCAAAAAGAGCGAAAGCGAAUACGAUUCUUGUAGCGAGUGACUGGAUUGUGGAACCUCGAUAGUUGUGCCUUAACAGAUACUGAUACAAAUUAAUUGUUAAUUUUGUCCAUGUGCUACUAACAUGCAUGUUAAUUUAUAAAACAAAAAAAAAUAAUGGAAUUUAAGUGCCUUUAAUUUAAAAGCAAUCAAAAACUGAAACAGAAAAUAUAUUGUGAAGUGCUUUACAAGAA